CGGUGCGGCACCGAAGGAAUAACAAGACAUUUUCGUCCUCUGUUGAUCCUGCGGCUGCUCCAAGCUUUCUUUGGCUCUUUGAUUUGUAUCUACUAGUCAAAGGGGGUCACAUUCCCCCAAGGAGGUGGAUUCAUGUAGGCUAGGAAAGCGGUGUUUGGGAGGUUUAUUUUAUCUCAUUUUUGCGUGGAUUUGCACCUUGAAAAAGCGGAGUGUGCCUAGAGAGCCAUGGGUGUGUGUAUCCCGUCCUCGCCCCAGGAAAGCCAAGAUUUAAGAUCUGGCUGAAGAGGCUCCACUCGCGUUUCUGCCCGCUCGUCUUUGACACAGAAGAGAGGGAAACUCGGCCUUUCCCCACGGACUCUCAUCCCGGGAAGCAGGUGCAAGAGGAUGGCCAGUGCAAAACUCACAGGGCCCUUGUGGGAAGUCACCUGGUUCACUGUCAUCUGUGCCCAUCUUCAGACGGGGGCAGAACAGCCGCAGGGAGUGUACUUCUUGCCUGAGUUUGCACUUUCUCCUCAAGGAAGUUUCUUGGAAGAUACUGCGGGAGAACAGUUCCUUACCUACCGCUAUGAUGAUCAGACCUCAAGAAUCACCACAUCGGAUGAAGAUAAAGAAGGGGGCUGGGAUGCCUGGGGUGCCUGGAGUGAUUGCUCGCGAACAUGUGGAGGUGGAGCAUCCUAUUCUCUGCGGAGAUGCUUGAAUGGCAGGAACUGUGAAGGCAGGAAUAUUCGCUAUAAAACCUGCAGCAAUAAUGACUGUCCUUCAGAUGCUGGUGAUUUUCGGGCACAGCAAUGCUCAGCCUACAAUGAUGUCAAGUAUCAAGGGCAUUUUUAUGAAUGGAUCCCUGUCUAUGAUGAUUCCAGCUCUCCUUGUGCCCUGAAAUGCCAAGCUCUGGGGAAACCCUUGAUCGUGGAGCUUGCUCCCAAAGUUCUGGAUGGUACUCGGUGCAAUGCCAAAUCCCUGGAUAUGUGCAUCAGUGGGAUAUGUCAGGUGGUAGGCUGUGAUCGUCAACUCGGGAGUCAAGCCCAGGAAGACGACUGCGGUGUCUGUGCAGGGGAUGGUUCGACAUGCCGGCUAGUGAGAGGACAAGCCAAGACACAUCUUUCCUCUGAACGAAGAGAGGAAACCAUGAUUGCUGUUCCACAUGGGAGUCACAGUGCAAGAAUUUCUGUGAAGGGACCAGCACACCUUGUGAUUGAAUCAAAGACGCUGCAGGGAGACACUGGAGAACACAGUUUUGGUGCCUCUGGAACAUUCGUCAUUGAAAACACGACUGUUGAAUUUCAGAAGGGCUUUGAAAGAGAAACUAUAAAAAUCCCAGGUCCUCUUGGUGCAGACUUCAUUAUCAAGGCCAGGUAUACUGUCCCCAAAGACAGCGUGGUGCAGUUCUUUUUCUAUCAACCCAUCAGUCAUCAGUGGAGACAGACGGAGUUCUUCCCUUGUACUGUGACGUGUGGAGGAGGUUACCAGCUGAACUCCGCAGAAUGCCUGGAUAUCCGUUCGAAGCGAGUUGUGCCAGAUCAGUAUUGCCAUUACUAUCCUGAAAAUAAGAAGCCCAAGCCCAAGCUGAAGGAAUGCAAUAUGGAUCCAUGUCCUUCGAGUGAUGGGUUUAAAGAGAUCAUGCCGUACGAUCACUUCCAGCCACUUCCUCGCUGGGAACACAACCCAUGGACUGCGUGUUCGGUUUCAUGUGGAGGCGGAAUUCAGAGGAGGAGUUUUGUGUGUGUGGAGGAGACCAUGCACGGAGAAAUCUUGCAAGUGGAAGAGUGGAAAUGCAUGUAUGCCCCCAAACCCAAGAUCAUGCAAGCGUGCAACCUCUUCCAUUGCCCCAAAUGGGUUGCUUUGGAGUGGUCACAGUGCACCGUGACAUGUGGCCGAGGGUUGCGUUACCGAGUGGUGCUGUGCAUGGAUCACCGGGGUCAGCACACAGGUGGCUGCAAUCCUCAGUUCAAGCUGCACAUCAAAGAAGAGUGCCUUGUGCCAGUCCCGUGUUACAAGCUCAAAGAGAAAAAUCCAAUUGAAGCAAGGCUCCCUUGGUUCAAGCAAGCACAUGAGAUGGAGGAGACCAGGGCAGUCUCUGAAGAACCAACGUUUGUCCCUGAGCCAUGGUCCCCUUGCAGUGCUUCUUGUGGCCGUGGUGUUCAGGUGCGUGAUGUGAAGUGCCGUAUUUAUCUCGCAUUUACUCAGACUGAGGUGGAACUCCCUGAUGAAGAGUGUGAAGAGCCCAAACCAGCAGCUGAACGUAGUUGUCACAUGGAGUCCUGUGAUGGUGACCCUUUCCCGUUCAUCCCAGAAUAUGCACCCUCUGAAGAGCCUGACAUUGAGGCUGAUAUAAUCUAUGACUGGGAAUACAUCGGGUUUACCCCAUGCUCAGCUACAUGUAUCGGAGGGACUCAGGAAGCCAUUGCAGCAUGUCUACAUGAGCAGACAAAGCAAACAGUAAACGAUAGCCUGUGUGACACCUCAAAGAAGCCUCCGCCAAUGAGCCGUGUGUGCAACACAAGACUUUGUCCUCCAAGGUGGCAUGUGGGGCCCUGGAGACAGUGUACUGCCACUUGCGGUGUUGGCAUCCAGACGAGAGAAGUGCUCUGCCAGCAGCCUGGAGGGUCUGUUGUUGAGUCCGAAGACUGCAAAGAGCAAAAGCCACAUGCUUUGCAAGCUUGCAACCAGAUCGACUGCCCACCAAUCUGGCAUGUCGAGGAAUGGCAACCGUGCUCCCGGACAUGCGGUGGAGGCACCCAGAAUCGUGUUGUGAUUUGCCAGCAGUUGUUAAUGGAUGGAAGUAUUCUGAAACUCUCUGAUGAGGAGUGCGUUGAGCCUCGAUUGUCCAUUCACAAACCCUGUGCUAGAACAGAUUGUCCUCCGCAGCUGGUCCUGGGGGAAUGGUCUACAUGUUCUGUAAGUUGUGGUGUUGGGACACAGAGACGGAAAGCUACCUGUCAAAAGCUCACAGCCAAAGGCCAACAUGUAGCAUUAAAUGGAUCCGCAUGUAGCAGUUUCCCAGCUUACCCGCUUGUAAGGCCAUGUCACAAGAAUGCCUGCAAAAAGGUCAAGCAAGAAAUGAAGCCUAAACCUUUUGGAAAGCAUGCUUCCCCUGGACCGCAGAUUCUCAGUAUCCACAGAGUGUAUAUACAGACAAGGCAAGAGAAACGCAUUAAUUUUACUAUUGGGAGCCGAGCUUAUCUACUUCCAAAAACAUCUGUUGUCAUCAAAUGCCCAGUCCGGAGGUUCCAAAAGUCUCUGAUCCAAUGGGAGAAAGAUGGGCAGCGCCUCCAAAUCUCUAAGCGUCUUGGAGUCACAAAAUCGGGAUCGCUCAAGCUGAAUAGCCUUGAGACUUCUGACAUAGGUGUGUACAAGUGCGUUGCUGGCUCGGCUCAGGAGACCUUUGUUCUGAAGCUCAUUGGCACAGACAACCGGCUGAUUGAACCACCCACUUUCCAGAAGCACAUGGGGGCAAGUGGCAGCUCCGAACACAACGAGGCCAACAGUUUGGGGGCAAAGUGGCAUAAGGUGAGCCUGAUGUGGAAACUGUGGAGCAGGAAGGCAGAGCAGUAUCUUGGUGAUGGGCAAGUGAACGACCAGCCUUUUUUGCGACAUCUAGAAACCCAGAUGAGAAAUUCAGCUGCAGAAUAUGGCUCUCGCAAAUUCACAAAUAAGCACCUUGAAGCAGUUGUUCUGCCUGGUGCUUACAGUAUGGAUACAAUUCAUUUUGAGGAACUAAUCAAGAAUCUGAGCCAUCUUGUUGAAGCUGGAGAAGUCGAUGAUGAAUUGGCCUCUCAGCUCGUCUAUCAGCUGAUUGCGGAGUUAUCCAAGCCUGCACAGUCAGCUUCAGAAAAACUGAAGGAGGCAGAAGAUGAAAAGCUACCUUCUAGGAAACCUGGCAAGUCUCCAGACCUCUCUGAUAAUCUUAGCACAAAACCCCAAGGCAAUGCAGUGAUAAGUCAGAAGGGUCCAGUGAUCAUAAGGCAAAAAGAAGGGCCACAGGUUUAUUCUAACAAAACAGUGACUGUACGAGUUGGAAGUACACUUUUCUUAACAAAGGAUGUCUGCAUUAUAAAUUUGCUUUGUGAAACUGUUGGGGUUAGCAGUCCUAAAUAUACUUGGACAAAAGAUGGAAUGGAGUUAAAGUCCUCUGAGAAAGUGGUUUUGGAAGACAGUGGCAAAAUCCAUAUUUUGAACCUAACCAGGAAAGAAAUGGGUGUGUACCAUUGCAUCGUGGAGAAUGACUUUGGUUCCGACAUGGAAACAUCGAUGCUGUUUUAUGCAGAAGCUCCUACUAUACUUUCCUCCAUAAGCAACACCUCAGAUGCCAAGCUUUGGAACCUUUCUGUGCCGGUUGGAGGGACAAUCCUGGCAAGAAGGGGAGCAAACAUCCUGCUGGGAUGCCCAGUGAAAGGGCUUCCUCAGCCUGUGAUCACAUGGUUUAAAAAGGAAAGCUUUCCAGGGAAUGUCUCUGCUGUUGCGAAUGGCACCUUACUCCUGAGGAAUGUUUCAGGGGAAGACACGGGGACGUACACGUGCACGGCCACCAACGCUCUCGGACAAGCUGCAGCCACAACCGUCCUUCGGCUGGCUGGACAAAGGUUUCCAGAGCCUAACAACGGAUCAUCCAGCAACCGAAGGAGAAAGCGUGUCCUCAUGGCCUCUGGAAUUGGCACCAAUGUUAGUGUGGUGUCUGGGGAUCUGUUACGGAUAGGAUGUCCUUCGCAUCCAAGCGCAAAGAACGUAAUUCAUUGGUUCUUCAAAAAUCAACCAAUUGAAGAACUUGAAGGUCUCUGUCACCGGAUCCUGGUUCGGGGACGCAUCUUAGAGGUGCACAGAAUCUCCAGCCAGUUUGCUGGGCCAUACAAAUGUUGCACAUCAUCGAGUGCCAAGCCCUUGUCUGUCUGGGUAAAUGUCAAGGAGGAAGCGAACUACGGAUGGGAGCUUGGCGAGUGGAGCCCGUGUUCGGCUACUUGUGGGAAAUCAGGCACCAAGUUCCGGAGGCUGCUCUGCGUGAGCCUGAAGGGGCAAAGGGUGAACAAGUCGUUGUGCAAAGGGAUUCCAAAGCCCCUUGUGAGUUACCAGCCUUGCAACAUCCUCGAUUGUCCUGCCAGGUGGGCUGCAACAGCCUGGUCGGCAUGCUCAGCUUCAUGUGGCAGUGGGUUUCGCCAGCGCCAGAGACUGUGCAAGCAACUCAAGGCUAAUGGCACCACCGUCACGGUGCCUCUGGGCACCUGUGCACACAAGGAGCGCCCUUUGGAAAGGAAGCCCUGCGUGGGGCAUUCGUGCACAGAGUGGACCGUUCAUCCAUGGGGCCAGUGCACUGGCCCCUGCAGGGGCAGUGGGAUGGGCCUGCAGCACCGCUUUGUUCGGUGUCAGCAUCAGAAUGGAUCUGUGGUAUCGAACUCGCUGUGUGAUAAGCAGAAAAGACCGUCCAUAAGAAGAAACUGUUCUUCAGACAAAUGUGAUGUGUACUGGCAGACGGGUCCCUGGCGACCGUGCACCAUGGAUUGUGGGAGCGGUUUCCAGUCACGCCCAGUCAGCUGCAUGCACAGGAGAAGCAAAAGACCUGUGGCAGAUCAGUCCUGUGCUUGGAGGAAGAAGCCGGUGGCCUGGCAGCACUGCAAUGUCACUUCCUGUGACAAAGGCGAGUGCAAGGACACAACUCACUACUGUACAUUUGUAAAGCAACUAAAAUUAUGCUUGAUAGACCUCUACAAACAAAGGUGUUGUCAGUCCUGUGGAGAAGGGCAUUCCUCCAUGGAAAGUUCAUGAUGCUGCAGUGAAGAUGCCCUGAGAAGAGGAGAGAGCUUUGAUUCAGCCCAGUCUCUCUUACAGUACAGCCAGCCAACAAAGAACUCACAGGGUUGAGGAAAAGAACAUUAUAUGGAUAUUCAGGGCAGGAAAUUUCUUCCCUCCUGGUCUCUGCCUCUCCUCCCCUGCAGCCUUCCCAGCUUUUGUUCUAAGAUUUGAGGGAAAAUAUCAUUGUGGCUGAUUAUCUGUAAAAUAUUACAGCUUUAAUGGGAUUGAGGGUGGAGGGAGCAGAUUCAUUGGCUCCGAGCAGUACUCCCUGCAUUACAAAGACAACUGAAGUC